AUGCACCAUCACCACCUCGAGUUGCCCCCCUUGCUCGGGCCAUUAUAUCUACUUCUGCAACCGCCUCCAUGGCUAAGUCUGCAGUGCCGCCAACAUGUUUUGUCAUUACCCGCAUCGCAUUUGUUUGAUUCGUUUUACUUCUGUGACCCACUUCGGACUUUAGUGCCAUGGUGUAAAACUAUUAAACAGCUAUGUAUUGUACUGUACUAUCCAUGCUCCAGUGUGACUCACAGGUACAGCGUUGGCCCAUUCCUUGUGAGAGUACAUCUAUACGUGCCCCUAUGGUCACACACCCCCACGAGCAAGGCUCAGGUAAGUCAAAAGUUGCGGCCGGUGCAGAAUGUGUGCAUCCGGGAAGCAUGCCCUCACAAACGAUACUUGUUAGAAAGCCACCUCCAACUCUUUCCAUCCAUAGUCUGGCAUUAUGCAUCCGGGACGCACAUGCGCGGCCCCAAGGCCUUUUCUUGUGCUCUUUCUUGCGCCCCUUCCUGUGUCUUCUCUACACUUGCUCUUUGUGCACUCUCCCUACGGCUUUCCCUGCAGCCUUUCCUGCACCUUUCCUCCGGCCUUUCCUACACCUUCCCUAUGGCCCUUCCUACAGCCUUUCUUACGGCCUUUCCUACACCUUUCCUACAGCCUUUCCUAUGGCCUUCCCUAUGGCCUUUCCUAGGGUUUUCCCUAGCGGAAUCCCCUACCUAG